AUGGAGGUGACCACCGUGUUCCCAUCUCCAGCCUCACCCACUGAAGGGGACGAUCUCUGUGAGACAGAUGUCACCAACGUGGCCAUACACAGUGUGACACUGCUCAUCUGCCUCUGUGGGCUGGCUGGGAACGGGGCUGUCCUCCGGAUCCUCAGCCUGAAAAUCCGUAACUCUGGCAUCUUCGACCUGGCUUUCGCCGACUUCCUCUUCCUUCUCUUCAUGCUCCCCUCCACCCUUCUCUUCCUGCUGGAGGAUGUGUCCUGCUCUGCUAUCAUAUCCAUGAGGUAUUUGAGAUUACUUUCCCAACUGUCAAUGGUCUCCUUCUACUGGGCACUAUUCCAACUGACAUUCCUCAAUUUCAGGAAGGACAUGAUCUGGCUCUUCCAGCUCUGCUGCCGCUGUGACCUUCCUGAGCGCCUGUGGUGGGUGGUGGAAAGUGCCCAACACUGGGCCUUUUUCUCUCUCUUCACCGUCAUUCCUGUGGUGACUUUCCUGUGUCCGUCACAUGAGCAGGGGCACUGCAGGGCAGCUGUCGUCUCCAUGUACACCAUCAUCCUGCUCCUCUUUGCUGCACCCGUGGUCAUUUCCCGCACAAUCGACAUCAUCAAUGCCAAGCGUGGCUCCCUGCAGCAGCAACACGACACACAAGACAAUGUUAUCUUCAUCAUUGUGCUCUUCACUCUCCUCCUCGGCCUCUGCAAUUUUCUGCAGCAGGUUGGUUACAUCUCUGUGCCCACCCAGAUUAUUUUCCUGCUCACCUGCAUCCACAGCACCAUCAAACCCGUCAUCUACUUCGUGGCAGGGAGGUGCUGGAGUCCCUGCUCCGUGGCGUCCCUCAGGGACUCCCUCCAGAGGGUCUUUGAGGAAAAGAAAGGAAACACUGCCAGCAGCGAUGAUGCCAACACAGACACAGGGGUCUGA